ACUAACAAUGCAUUUUAGUGACAGUAAAUAGUGAGUUGUUCGCUAAAAGGAAGAUAAAAGACGGCUAGGACACUGAGGCGUCGCUUCAGGAAAACUACGUAGGAUGGGCGAGCGCGCGGACGCCGCGUUUAACGUCAGUACCACUGGAUCCAAGUGGCUGCUGCCCGUCAGUGAACGCCUGGGCUUUCCUCUCGACCAGGUGAAUUUUCUGGCCUGUCAGCUGUUUGCCCUGGCUGCUGCCUUCUGGUUUCGUCUCUACCUCAGUCCUAGCCAUGCCAACCCCCUGGUCAGGCACGCUGUGGCCACUCUCCUUGGCAUUGCUUUUCUCAUCUUCUGCUUUGGAUGGUACUCAGCCCACAUCCUGACAGUGGUGGUUGCAAACUACCUGAUCAUUGUCCAAGCUGACAUCAAUAAUGUGCACAGGUAUUCCAUGGUGACGGCUAUGGGCUACUUGACAAUGUGCCAAGUGAGCAGAGUCUUCAUCUUUAACUAUGGGAUACUGUCCACGGACUUCUCGGGGCCCUUGAUGAUAGUAACCCAGAAGAUCACCACACUGGCGUUUCAGCUCCAUGACGGUAUGUGUAAGAAAUCUGAACAGUUGACCUCGGAGCAGAAGCUUCUGGCUAUAAAUGCGAGGCCUUCUCUCAUCGAGUACCUGAGCUACAAUCUGAACUUCCUGAGUGUCUUGGUGGGACCAUGCAGUAACUACAAGGACUACACAGACUUCAUAGAGGGCAGGCACAUCAGCAGGAGGCUCAGGCAGCACUCCGGGACGUGUAAUGGGCAGAACGGCUAUGAUAAGACACUGGAGCCGUCACCACUGAACGCUGUCUGUCAAAAAUUGCUGGUCUGCUGCGGCUGUAUGCUGUUCUUCCUCACUGUGACUCGGUCCUUGCCGAUAACAUAUAACGUGGACCCCCACUUUGUGAGCCACGCCCCCUUCCUCACCAGACUCACCUACGCUUUCUUCUCCAUACAAGCAGCAAGGCCCAAAUUCUACUUCGCAUGGACGCUAGCUGACGCAGUCAACAACGCUGCUGGUUAUGGUUUCUUGGGCAUGGAUGAAAAUGGAAAGCCAUCGUGGGACCUCAUCUGCAACCUCAACAUCUUAGGGAUUGAGACUGCAACCAGCUUCAAGACAUUUAUUGACAACUGGAAUAUUCGAACAGGAAUUUGGCUCAAAAUGGUGUGUUAUGACCGAGUGCCCAAGCACAGGUUGGCUUUGACCUUCAUCCUGUCUGCCUUGUGGCACGGUGUUUAUCCAGGGUACUAUUUCACCUUUAUCACUGCCAUCCCCAUCACGAUGGCAGCACGAAAUGUGCGGAAGUCUAUUCGCCACUACUUCCUUGGCCUCAGAGGCUUGAAGCUGGCUUACGACAUCUUAACUUGGGCAGCCACUCAGCUGGCCAUCUGCUACACUGUCAUGCCUUUUCUUCUUCUUGCAGUAGAGCCCACUUUGGUUUAUUACAGGUCUAUGUACUUCCACGUGCACAUCAUUAGCAUUCUGGCUGCGAUCGCCCUGUAUCAGAAACACAAACCCAGGGAACCCGCCGCCACCACUAAAACGUUUUCCUCCGCCUCCUUCUCGUCUUCGUGCUCAGCCCAGUGCCAGCCUGUUCACUCCAACAACAAUGACAAAGUAGACUGAAAACCCCCUCCGCAUGUUCUUUUACCAGGCUCUCAGUCCACCGUGUUUUUUCAAAGACAAGUGAAUAUCCCUGUUAGGGAAAGCAGUUCACCUUCCAGCGAGGUAUCGCAACCCCUCUCCUUUUAAACCUACGCCAGUCCAGGCUCUCCAGCGUCCACCGCUCCUCACUACACCCACCUCGACCAGCAGAAUUCUAACCCUACAAGACAAGACACAAACUACGAGGACAGCCAACCAUUCCCCUCCUUAGAAAACAACCUCACCUCCGAUCAGUCUUAGAGAACAUGCCACAUGAUGCAAGUGAACAAUUUAAGUAUCAUGUGUUGUUAGACUGCUUGAUGUAGGAAGAAGCCUGCCUGGUUGCAGACUCCUUCCUCAAUUUUCUCUCUCCACACUCAGACAACAUGGCAGCACUUACUGAAAGAUCUGAGCGCCCCCAUCUGUUAGCCUUAAAUAAGAUAGCUGCUCUUCCGGAUGCAACAGACAUCCAGCAUGGAGACUCAGUAGGGUUUGAGUGCUUUGCCUUGCGAAUACAAGCAUUGGUGGGCCUGCCCAACACCUCGGGACAAGAGGGCAAUGUGGAAUACCAGUGCGCCUCAUCUCACCUUCGUUACAGUCCCUACAGGGCAUACAGCAACUUAAAAUGGGAAACCUUUGUGUUAUUUAUUGUUUGGGACAGAGUAAAGAGGACAAGAAAUGUGAUCGUACAAUACAAUGCAGGAUUUCAACCUGUGACACUGGAAGUACAUGGGGAGAGGUUUUCUGCUAUAUUGUAAGAUUGAGAAAAAUACCUAAAAAAAGAGCUCAGCAGGCAGAGUAGAAAGACAAAAAUUAACUGAAGGAACAUCUCUGGUACCACCACCACCACUACCAGGAUGCUGGCAUCCCUCCACGGUUCCCCCUCCAUCUGCCCCCUCUCUCCUCCACGGUUCCCCCUCCAUGCCCAUCUCGACACCAGCCUGCCCGCUCCAACAACAAUGCAACAGUGUGAAGAGUGAAAGGAGGCUCACUUUCUGUCCUGUCCUCUGUCUGUGCCCUCCUGCCGACUGGUGGGAUCUAAGCCAGCACAGUGGGAGAGCAGCUCAUAAACAGGGCACAAAUACCAGGACGGACACACACACACACACACACAAACAAACUCAUGAAUAAACAGACAAGACUAAUAUGCACAUACUCUCUCGUAGACACACUCAUACUUCUCAGUCUGAUACAAAGGCUGCCCUUGUGUGGCCACAACAAAAGAGCAUACCAAGAGGAGAGAGAGGCCUGGUUUAUGUAUGUGUGUGUGUGUGUGUGUUUGUGUGUGUGUGUGUGUGUAUGUGUAUGUGUAUGUGUGUGCAUGUGCGUGCGUGUGCCUGUGUGUUUGCAUGUAUGUGUGAACGUUUACUGUCAGUUGCUGAUCCUGUGAGUGUGUACUGUGGACUGUGUCGGUAUUUCUCCCACUCUUAGUUUGCACUGGCUUGGUGGAAAGACACUUGAAAUACCAAUUAGACCACACAGCUCUCAAACUGUCCAGUGAAACCAUUACUAAUGAAGGCUUUUAAGGCAGGAUGGCAGCUCCUCCUGGUGAGGAGACUUGACUAUUCUGCAGAACAAGUAAACUCUCUAUGAUAGUUUCUAUGGAUAAUCUUGGGCAUUAGUUAUACCCCUGCACACAGAAGGAGAAGCUGACAUAGUUUAAAUAGUUAUAGAAUAUAUUAUGCAACAAUACAACAACAUGCUCCUGUUUUUGUUGUUUUGCAUGCACAGUUGUAAUUGUAAGUGAUGGGAUGGUGCGAUAUGAGCAACACUUUGAUUAAGAGUUGAAAGAAACAACACAAUUAUUUAAUGAGAGAAGUCAGACUUUCCCCAAGAAACCUCUGUUUGUGCUGAAGCAGUUGGAAAUUUAAUGCUUCAUGUAUUUACCAUGUGAACGGCGCUGGAUAGCCGUUAUCAUGGUAUACUAAGUAUAGAGUAGUUGAACAAGAAGCUGUGGAGAAACUGAGAGGAAAUAUAUUUGGAGUUUCUCUUUUGGGGAGGAAACUGAUGCACACUGAGAGAAUGGAAAAUAUGACCAUAAAUAGGAAUUUAUGAGUCAAAUGUGUUUCUUCUCAGUAGGAGCAGGGUGCCGUGUUCGUUCUGUUAUUCUUUGUAAGAAACAACACUUUUGAAAACUGUUGAUUUACCAGAACUUAUCAGCUGCUGCAGGUUGAUUUAACAGAGACAUCUGCUGGGUGUUUGUACUGUCUGAACCAUGCUGAAUCAAGUAAUGAAGGUAAGCCAACCGGGACUGGGAAGUUCUCACCAAAACUCACAAUUUCUUCUUUUCGCUAGCUUUUACUUUUGCACAAUCGAAGUUGAUGAGUGGUUAGCGAUGAGCUAAUGAUGGUGAAAAGAAAAGGAUGCAUUCACAUUAUGAAAUGAUUAAUAACUCUCAUGUUAUUUUUGGUCAUCUAGAGGUUAUCUCUCAUGAGAGGUUUGGGAGCACUGGGGGUUUUAAACGUGGCACAGUGGCUUGGAUAUUAAUGGUGCUAUCUGCUGCAGGCUAGCAUUUAUAGGUUGGUUAUAAUAAGACUAACAGUGCUAACAAAGUGCAAUGCAAGAAUGUUUUUUUGGUAGGUUAACAGUGCCUUAUGAAGAAAAAUGUGAGGCUGUCGCUUUAAAUGCCUUGUAAGGGUUUCCUGAUGGGUGCAGCGUGUUAGUGGCAUCUGUUUAAUCAUGCUGGAGACACAAUCUUAUUUCAUUUUAUUACCUGCUUUAGUUUAGUUUUAAUUUAAUCUCAACUUUUUGACUACUGGAAAAAUGUGUAGACUCAGUGUAGACUGUGUCAGCCUCAGCUCACAGAUUGACUCAAGCUUCUAGUUAUUAAUGCAUAAAAACAGUCGAGCCUGUUUAUACAAGAAAAAAAAUCAAACUUAUUUUACUUGUUUUAUUAUUAUUAUUAUUUAUCAGGACAUCAGUGUCACAUUAAAAAGACACUUGUGAGUUCACAGACAAGUGCUGACAUGAGGAGAGGGGGGAAUUAACACUAAUUAUUAAAUAAUAAUACUGUAGGGGAAUUAUUCAAUGUUUUAAGAGAGACAAGAUGGGGAACGUGUACAUUAAACUAUUCUCCCUAAGCUAAUUAGAACAAAUCUCGUUACUAAAUCUUGUACCUUUUGGGUCAUGUGGAGUAAAGACGGGGAUAUUUCAUGUCUGUUGAUCGUUUUAAUGUUUAUCUGCACAGUAGUACCUCUUCUUGGAGUUAAUGAAGCGUCAGUAGUGACAGCUCUGGGGACCACUAGCCUCAGCCAUUUCUUUGCAGAAGUCCCCUUUUGCCUGCAAUUAUAAAUGAUCUGAAAAAAAAUGCUGGUGCUAAAUUCCAGUGGUAAUGCAGUUAGGCCCCCGUGACAGCUCCUGUCAAAGGCUGACUGCCCCCAAACUACUCAAGAGGUGCUGAAAAGUGAAAACACUCGUCCCAAGGAUGGCUUUGCUCUAACGUAGAAUUGUUUUUGUGAGACAAAGCCCUUAACUGACUUCUGUUGUUCGUGCCAGUAACAUGUUCGUGGUUCUGUGCGUCUGAAUGUUGCUAAUGUUUUUAGUGCAGGGAAGUGAGCGCUGAGUGGCACAUAAACAGUGUGAAUGCGUUGCUAGAAUGAGCAGCUUUUUGAAUGACUUGAUACUGAUUAUAAAGAUAUUUUUGUAUGUGUUUUUGCAGAUGUAUGUGUGAUCAAAUACACUGACUGUGUGUGUGUGUGUGAGAGAGAGAUUUUCUUAAUACCCCAUUGCUCCAUUUUAGUAUUGUUUGUAUAAAGGAAAGAGCGGUACAAGAACAUUUGAAUAACAAAUAAAGCUUCAGUGA